ACACAGAAUUGUAAAACGGCAUAUAAAUAAGAGGAAAAAUGAUUAAAUUAGUGCCUCUUUUUAGUAUUUCUUCAUUGCAUGUCCUACAGUCUACUAUGAUUAUUCUUUUUUCAGUUGUCUCCUCUUGGAGAGAUGAGUGCUGAUGAACUGCCAGCUAUCAAUCUGCCUGAUACUUGUUCUGACACCAGGGGGCCAAUUCUGCCAGUUCCAAAGGGGAUACGCCCCUUCCUGAGCAAAUACAGAGUGGAGGUUUUGUUCUGGGGAGUGCGGGACUUAAAAAGAGUCCAGCUGACCUCAGUGGACAGACCUAGGGUGGACAUAGAGUGUGCUGGACAUGUCCUACAGUCCACUAUGAUUACCAAUAUGAGGAAGAAUCCUAAUUUUAGCACAGUUGUCAAACACAUGGACCUGGAAUUGCCUGACAACCAUCUGUACUGCCCACCAAUCACAAUUAGGUGUGUGGACUGUAGGAACUUUGGCAGAUUUGUACUCGUUGGAACUCAUGUCAUCAACUCCCUGCAGAAGUUCAUGUACACACCAACCACUAAAGCAGCAAGGGAGGCUGCCUCAAAGCUUUUGCAAUUAACAGACAGCAGCAAACCACCUCCAGCACCGAGCACCCCUCAAAUGCCACACCUGGGUACCCCUCAACUUGGCGCCACACCCCCUGGUGUCACUCAGGCACCUCCAACACGGCCCUCACUUGUGGUCAGUCACGUUCAGCCAGGGGUCACUUCUGUCAGGACCACUGAUGUGGCUGUGACUAUUGAUGAGAAUUUUCCUCUUAUUGGUUCUAACAAAGGAGAAACCAUCAUUAGCAUAGAGCAGGGAAAAGCAGACAAGACUGAGGAGAACAAGAAAAGGAAGGGCAGCACUGCUGACGAGGAUGACCUGGAUACAGACACAUUAGACUGGUGGAGCAAGUACUUUGCCUCAGUGGAGAUGAUGAUAAUGGGUUUUGGCAGACAAGAGGACGAUCAGGAAAUGGAAAUGGAAAUUGAAAGGACUGAUGAUGACAGGGAUGCAGAAGUGAAGGAACAUGAAAAACAAAGAAAGAGAGGGAGGUUUGGGUUAGUUGGUGGUGUUGGAGCUCAACAAGAGAAUGUUAUAUCAGACACAAAUGCUGGGGGAUAUGGUGCCAUACCCAAUGGAAAUGCUGAAGAUCCUGGCUAUAAUGCAAAAGAAGCCAAAAAAAUGGAGAAGGAAUUGCACAAAAUAGAGAAAGAGCAAGCUGGCAGUGACAAGGAAAAAUCCAAGCUAACUACUUUCAAAGGAGCUGUAAAGGCGGUGACUUUAACAGAUAAACUGUCACCAAAAACACAGAGGAAAAAAUCAAAAUAUGCACCUUCCACUGCCCAGCUCAAGGGUUUUAUAAACAAAGCAUUUAAUAGGGACAGUGACAGUGACCUUGAAGGAGAUGAUUUUGAGUCAGACCGUGCCAAACGGCUGGCUAAAAUACAAAAAAUUGUGGUAAUGAUACAUGGUGUGAGAUUUGGCUUGGGUUUGGGAAAACUGAUUUAUUUUUCAAAUGAUUGA